CACAGACGAUCACACGGCAAACACGCAACGCACUUAUGCAGCAGCAUUGAGGCAAACUACGGAACAAGUUCUGCUUCAAACUGCACUGGUAAACAUUGUUGAUGCGCAUGGCAUAAUGCAUCCUGCACGCGCACUUUUAGAUAGUGCCUCCCAGCCAGAUUUGAUGAGUAGCCGUUUUGCUAAUCGGCUAGGUAUCAAAUCGGGCACGGUCGACAUCACACUGAUUGGUGCUGGUCAAUCGGCCACCCCGGUGCGGAAAUCGAUGCGCACCACGGUAUCUUCCAGAACGAGCCCUUAUGCAAUUAAUGUUGAGUUUUUGAUAGUCGAGAAGCUUAUUGCUGAUUUGCCCGCACAUGAUGUGUCCACCAGUGGCUGGAAAUUACCGCCACAUAUUAUGUUCGCCGACCCCCAUUUCGAGAAGUCGGCACCGAUCGACAUUAUUCUCGGUGCCCGGCACUAUCACACGUUCUUUGUAAGCGGGGCGCAAUAUAAAAUGUCAUCAAAUCUCCCAGUCCUGAUGGAGAGCGUAUUCGGCUGGGUCGUGAGUGGAUCCGCAUCUACCUCUCAGCCAGCAACAUCCAAUACUUUUCAUACUUCAUCCGUGGUGUGCAUGGUUUCACUAGAAGAAUCAAUAGAGCGUUUCUGGAAAGUAGAAGAACUACAGGUUAACGAUGGCUAUUCUCCUGAGGAUCGCAAAUGUGAGCAAUUUUACAAGGAUACAACACAGCGAGACAAAGCUGGUCGUUAUCUGGUAUGCUUACCUAAACAAGCAGACUUCGAUGAUAAGCUUGGCCUUUCGAAGGCAGCAGCAUUAAGGCGUUUUAGUUUGCUAGAAAGGAGGUUAGAACGAGAUCAAAAGGUAAAAGCGGCGUACCAUGAUUUUAUGCGUGAGUAUCUGGAGCUUGGGCACAUGUCACGCAUAAAAAACCCCUCCGACGACGAACGCGCGUAUUAUCUGCCUCACCAUCCCGUGUUCAAAGCCGCUAGCUCCACAACAAAGGUUCGCGUGGUAUUUGAUGGUUCAGCUAAGACGUCCACCGGCUUUUCGCUAAACGAUGCGUUAUGCGUCGGUCCUGUCGUGCAGGACGAUCUGCUCGACAUAAUUUGCGCUUCCGCACAUAUAAAGUAG